AUGGGGAGCAGUUCUUCAGCCCUCAGAAUUUGCACUGAUCACCAAGGAGGCAUCAACUGGAUCAGCCUGAGUCCAGACGGGCAGUGGCUGUUAACAGGCAGUGAAGAUGGGACAGCACGGCUCUGGAGCACUUCCAGCAACGAAUGUCAAGCCCACUUUCAAGGUCAUGAAAGCUACAUCACAUUUUGUCACUUAGAAAACGAAGUUGCUUUCACCUGCAGUGCAGAUCACACUAUCAGAAAAUGGGAUGUGAUGACCGGAAGAUGCCUUGCUAUUUAUCGUGGACACACAUCCAUCGUGAAUAGGAUCCUAGUUUUCAAGGAUUACCUCUUCAGUGGAUCCUACGACAGGACUGCACGCUGCUGGAGUGUGGAUAAGGAAAAACCGAUCCAGGAGUUUAGGGGCCAUCGCAACUGCGUUCUGGCCCUGGCGCUCUACUCUUCGAAGGAUGUCCUUGAAGAGGAAGAGGUGGAGGAGAGGAUAGAAGAGGUGGAAGAGCUAAGCCAAGACUUCCUGGUGACGGGGAGCACGGACUGCACUGUCAAGGUCUGGUGGGUGUCCACUGGGCGUUGCCACCAGACCCUGCUGGGACACACUGGGGCAGUCCUAUGCCUUAUACUUGACGCUCCAAACAGGGAGCUCUUUUCGGGAAGCACUGAUUAUACCAUUCGGACUUGGAACAUUGUGACAGGGGAACAGCUGAGGGUCUUCAAAGAGCAUCAAGGAUCCAUCAUUUGCCUAGAGCUUGUGAAUCGAUGCUUGUAUUCAGGCAGCACGGACAAAACAGUAAAGUGCUGGCUGGCUGACACUGGAGAGAGGAUACGGACCUAUAAGGCUCAUAAACACAGUGUCAGUGCUUUGAAAUAUCACGCUGGAAUAUUGUUUACUGGAAGUGGUGAUGCUUGCGCUCGAGCGUUUAACACAAAGACCGGCAUUCUGCAAAGAGUGUUUCGUGGUCAUAAGUUGGUUAUUAACUGCAUCCAGAUUCACAAUGAAUUAUUGUACACAGCUUCCCACGAUGGCACACUAAGGAUCUGGGACAUCCGGCAGAUUUGUAAACGGAACAAGCGUCGCUUGAAGGAACGUUCUAUCCAGGGUAGACAUUUCCACAAGGGAAGCCUACCUCGCCUUUUCAACAACAAAGUGGGCUGUGUGCUUCAUCAGGAAAAUGGAGGACCACGGGAAACUAUGGAACUUGAGUGA